UGAGAGAAAGCUGCUAGCAGACGAAGGCUUCCCCGACGAUUCUCCUCACCCGGGAGAGCUCCUCGUCCAUCCAUUGAGCUAACAAAUGAGUGACGACCUUGCAUUCUUCGUUCAACUGCAAGACAAACUAUCUUUUAAAAGAAUCUCAACUGUGAAAGUUCAAKUCUGCAGAAAUGUUUUCCCUGAUACUUAUCGCGCUCAUUUUAACUGAACAAARUGUUUCUGGCAAAUUCACUGCGAAGCAACUUGCAGGUAUACCAUCUACAAAUUUUAAUGAUGGUAACAGUCCCAUUGCAUUGUGGUUCCAAAAGAGCGGACUUGCCGUUCGCAUAUGCCAAAGAGAAGASAAAGCUCAUUAUUAUAACAGUGCUCUGUCACCUAUGAUAACAGCUCAAAUCAACAUCGGACGAUGCAACGCUAAACUAAUCAGUUCCACUCAAAAUGUCACGGCAAAGCAACAGGUUUGCCCUGGUAUACAAACUUGCAAUCCUAAUAUGACUGAGCUUAUAAACAUAAGAACAGAAAAUGGGAUCAAAGAAGUUGCAAAUGCUCUGGACUGCAMAUGCACAGCUUUGCAAAAUUGUAAACGCCGUACUUCAUUACGUUUAUUCUAUCGAGGAACAAAAUACGAACGUACCAUAGAUGUUGGAACAUGUUCAGGAAGUUGCAAAAGCAAAACGUGUCGGCCACUGUCCAUAAAUACGUUAGCUAUCAAAACUCCAAAUGGAAGAAAAGAAGUGAAAGUGAUCGAAAAGUGUGGAUGUGAAUCUCCUUGUUACAGGAUGUCGUACAAGAAAGCCUACUCCGUAAUCAGCAGUGACUCUGGUGAUAACAACAAAACUGUCACCAAGAUCAUUGAUAUUGGUAUGUGCUCUGGAAGUGCCUCCUGUCCUGGAAAAGUACGAGGAAAGUGCAUUCAAUGGUUGACCGUAUCCAAAAAAAAAGUGUGUGUUCUCCACUCCUCUGACAGAUAUAAAGGCUGCUAUGCCGACAAAAAAAAACCCCUUGUACUCAACACAACGGUGACGAACGAGGCAGUCCAUAUCAUUGACUCAUGUACAUGCAUAUGAAGUUAUGGACACUGAAAACAUUUUAAAAGUUGCUCACAGCAACAACGAUUAAUAUAAUAGAUACUGUCUUUUUAUAUCAAGCUGAAUGGGGUUGGCAUUUAACUGAAAUUUGUCAAAAAGAACAGAGUAGUUUACUUACGAGAUAUUGUAACGGAAAGGUAUUAGCUAUCUACAAAUAUAUAUUCACGUUUUUGGUGCUUAAUAAACAUUUGUUAAAGAAAAUUUAAACUUAGAAUAUUGUAAAUUCAAUAUUUUAUAGACUGACCUUUAGGCACUAUUUUAGCUUAUUAAAUAUCUUAUGGUUUAA